AUGAAAAUCGCUAGCAACCAAGAAGUUAAGGAGUACACCAACGCCAUCUACACAGGCUUUGCUAAGGGCUGCGCAGUCGGUGCUGUCGUCGCUCUGGGUCUUUACCAGGUGGUCAAGCGCAAGCAAUUCUUCACCACCAUGACUGCCACCACAAAGACUUUCUUUGCUCUGUCGAUUCCUGUUGGUUUCGGUAUGACCAACCUCGAAUGGGUCUCGCUGGAUUUCGACAUGCACCAAUACGGUUUUGGUGAGGGUUCGGAGGCUGCUCUGGAAGAACAAAAGAAGAUUGAAAAUAUGACUUCAGGACAAAAGAUUGUCUACUACGCCUCAGAAAACAAGUACAAGCUUAUUGCUGGUGCAUGGGCUGCAUCAAUGGGUGGCUCUUUCUGGUGGGUCAACAGAGACAAGUACAUGACCAAAGCUCAGAAGAUUGUCCAGGCUCGUAUGUACGCUCAAAGUAUUACCAUUGUUCUUCUUCUCGCCUCUAUGCUUUUGUCUGUUAAUGGACCCAGAGAAAAGAAGAACCCUCUUGAUCUUGAGUACUCUUGGGAGGCCAUUGCAGCCAAGGAGGAGGCCCGUGAGAAGGCUGCUGGUCUGCCCACCAGAAUCCCUGCUAAGACUUCUGAGCAGUAA